CCUGAUGCCUUAUUAUUUGUUCUGUCAGUUUUUUUCAGGAAGAUCUUCAUUUUGCAACUGGUAGGGUUGGUGCUAACCAGCAAUUUCACUGAUUGUGACUUUGAGAAGAUUAGAAUGGAUUACCUGAACAUCAUUUCUAAGGACCUGACGUGUACCGACUGCGACGCCACCCUCCGCUGUGAAGAUCAGCCGGAUUGCCUCACUAAAAUCGAGCGCCUUACCUUGCAUCCUACCCCCGGCUGCAAGUCACUCCCCGAAGAAUUAGCCAGCAGAACGGAAGCUACGCUCGAACGCUCUUGCCCAGGCUACUACCGAAAGCAGAAAAAUAAUGCCCAGGCAAUGAAGAAAAGAAAGAAAAGAGAAGACACAAUAAAAGGAUGCCAGAAAAUAGUCUCAAACUUAAUAGGAUUGUGGCGUCGUUUCAUGCGUCUUUAAUGGAAACAAAGUGAACCUUCAUUGAAGUCAUAUUUCACAGCAACAAAAAAAUCAUCCGUAUUAGGUAGAGGGAAUGUUAAUUCUGUGACAUUUAAAAGAUCACUACUAAUUAUUUUUUUAAUUACAGACGGGUUUCUUAACUUAUUUUUGUAAGCUUUUAUUGUUUAAUAUUGGUUUAUAAUGUGGGGGAGAUACUACCCCUCAAAUGUCAGGGAGACUUCAGUAGCAUUGAUGUCUGAGCCACUGGCUUUGUGAUAGUAAUUCUCAGCUGGAACUACAUAGGCCUUACUCAAGAGAAGAAUCUGAAAGUAUAAGAGAAGGAGAACUUUUUCACUUCAAAAAGAAAAAAAGUUGAACUCAAGAGCAAAUGAACCUCUGUUGAAAAGGCAGGCAUUUCUUUCAUACUAAAAAUUUUCAAAAGAAGGAAAUACAUAGACGCAAAACGGUACACACAAAAAGCUGUACAUAUAGUGGAGAAAUUUGAAAGAAUUUCAUAUUAAUAUUGUGAAAAUAGUUUAAGUUAAGUUUUAAAAAUUAUGUAACAGAUAAGAGUGGUAUAUGCAAGCAGAUCUUGAAGAAGUACAUUUAUUAAAGCUAAAAUAAUAUAUAUUUUUAAACUUAUGGAAUACAUUUUUAAUUUAUUGUAUAAGCACUUUUUAUUUUUUUAUUAAAUUUAUUGGGGUGACAUUGGUCAAAAUGAACAGUAAGCACUUUUUUAAAUGUACAUAUUGUUUUGUUAUUGACAUGAUACAUUUCUUAAUAAAAUAAUUCUCAAAUUCA